AUGUUGGAAGAAGUAGACGAAGUGUUUGAAGAUCAACAACCACAUUCUCUUCAAAAAACGCAACAAGCUUCAUUAUCAUCGUCUUUCGGUUAUAAUAAUAGACCAGGAUCGGGUCGACCAUCCUCAUCAAAACCAUCACCACGGGAAGUUAUUGCAGGAGAUGAAGGAAAGCGAGAACAGUCUCCUUUGAAGAGUACAGAAAUGAAUCAAGAUCAUUUUGUCAACCAACCAUCAAGAAGUAAGGAAGAUAAUACAGGUGACAAUAUGGACGAACAGGACACCACGCGAAGGAAAAAGAGAAAAAAUCGUCGUGCGAGAAGACAACUCUUCGACAGUGCUGAAGACGAAGACAACAUUAAAAAUGAUUCGCAUCUGCAAAGCCUGGCUCAUCACGAGACCAACGAAGAACAUGUUACAUCAACCGCAAGCAAUGUGGAGGGCGGUAAUUCGCUGCUUCAUGCAUCCAAUCCUUUGAAUAAUAAUCAAGACAACCAAGAAACAAAUAUUGAUGAUAACAAAGAAGAAGAUAACAAUCUUGUGGCCAAAUUAUUAUUGGAAAAGGAAAAACAAGAUGAUGUUAAAUUGGCAGAACGAAAGGAUCCGAUAAUCAUCAAAAAAGAAAAUAGAAAAAAAGAUUUUCUCGAGCACAUGACUUUUGUUUCGGAAGUAAGGCCUGUAGUGGAGGGUGUCAAAAAACAAAUGGAAAUUAGAGUGAACGAGCUCAACAAAUUACACGAAAUUUAUUUAUCACGACAAAAAACCAAAGAAGCAGAAGAAUGUAAAACCAUGUCAGAAAAGUUGAGACAAAAAAUUGAAAAACUGUCACAGGAAUACUCGACAAUUUAUCGAUAUUUUGACCCACAAGAGGAAGGAAUAUUCUCUGACAAGAAGCCCUUUCUUCUUGAACAAGGUCAACAUUUGUUGGAGCAUCGAUUAAUGCGAGAACAAGAUGGAAUUUCGAAAUUUUUUGACGAAAACGGGCAAUUAAUUGUACAGCUAGAUCCUACUAAUAAUGUAUUUACCAAACCAGGAGAGUUUGAUUUUGACUUGAAAGAUAAUAAUGCGAUAGGUCUUAAGAGAACCAUACCUACUAAGAGUUUGCGUUCAACUACAGCUUCAAAACACUUCAAAAUCGACAUUGACAUACGAGAGAUUAUUUUUGACGAUCAUCCACUCAUGACUGAAGAAGAAAUUGUCACAAGAAAAAUUCUUGAUGCCUUUGAUAGAUAUCAAGAGCUGAAGACUGCUGACAAAUUUGAUUAUUAUCAGAAGAAAAUAUUGGCAUUGCAAACAGAAUUGGAUAGACUACGAGGAAAGAAGGAUAAAGCAAUUAAGAAAACAAACCCACUUGAUGAAUUAAGUUAUUUAACAAAGGAAGUGAAAGAGAUUGAACGUGAAAUGUCUGUAUUGCGUUCGGAAAUCAAACAGGCUCGAACAGCUAUGGAAAAUGAAGAGUUUAAGGAAAUCACGCUUGUAAAUAGUAUGAUUAGUAAUUGGGAUGUACUUUGUAAAAUAAGGUCAAACCACCGAUACACGGUCACAAAUUUAAAAAUGGGGUUCAGAACAGUAGAAACAAACAAAGAAGAUGAUAGUUUCGUCAUGCAAUACAAUAUCGAACAAGAGUUAAUAGAGAUGGAAGAGGAUCUGCAAUGGAAAUACAUUCAACAGGUAAUUGAAUAUAGGGAGCAGCUAAUAUCAAUUGGAGAACAAGACUACUCGUCACUGUUCUUAGUUGCGUCAAAGAAAGAUCCACCUAAACUCCCAGUUUUUGAUAAGGAGAGUGAAAGGAAGCGCAUUAUUGAACGAAUGGGAAUGCACAGAAGAUAUCCUGGUGAAUCUAUUAUUAUUCCUGAAAUUUUAAAAACUGAAAUCACAAAAGAAUCAGAGCUUCCACCGACCGAGAUUGAACGAAGAAAUCAACUCAGCCAACUCUCAUAUCAUGUAAACGUUUUAGUGAACGGCAAUUACGUUUGCAAAACCACGAGUCAACAAUUAAGAUCUGACUUUACUGUUAACUUUAAUGAGAUUGUAUCGGUGAGUGUUUUCAAGUGGCCAGAAUCUAUCAGCUUAGAAGUAAUGCAAUCCGGAUGGUUGGAUAGGACUGUUUCACAAGUUUUUGUUCCUGUACCAGGUUUGGAGAGAUCAGGAAAGGUCGAGAUGGACAACAUGAAGACUCUUAAUUUCACCUCACCCACGGCUCAUUCUCCUGUUUGGGAAUUGCAAGCACUUGGAGCUUUUCCUUUGUCUCUAUUUACACCACUCUUUAAAUCUUUACCAAAACCAACACGUCAUACAAGUGGACUUGUGAAAAUGUCCAUUGCUUGGGUGAAACCAUCGGCAGAUAGAAUGAUUGAGGCACCAAAACCUCCGGUCGAAAAGAAACGAACGGAUUUACCCACUGCAAGAGAUUUACUUAACCUCAAACAAAUUACAUCAUGGAUGGAGUCAAACAAUAUUGAUCCCAAUGAUCCAAGAAAUACAGGACUCCUUUCCAUGUUAAACGAGUUGGAUAGAGAUGAUUUAUCAAGCAAAGGUUUUUAUCUUGCUGAACAAGAGGAUGAACUGUUCUUCUUUGACGAUUUUAAUAAUUCAGCAUAUCAAAGAAGGUUGCACUUGUUAAAGUUGCGAGACGAAGUGAAAGGAAAGGUACCUCUACCAUUGAUACCACUCGAUCUCGAUCAAAUACAACCAAGGGUUGUUAAAAGCUAUGAAGAAAAGAUUAUCAAAUCUCUUUCAACCGAAGCAAAAUUAUCAUCCUACAUUAAUCAGGUCAGAAGGCACGCAAAUAAUUCAAUACUCAGAAAGGCAAAGCGUUUGGUUAAGACAAAUGUCGAUGUUUCACAAUUUGUCAAAGAACCACCCCUUCCUUCCUUCCAUCAUUCCAUAGAUGCCAUUUUAGAAUUAUUUGAGGAAUAUAGACCACUAAAUCCAAAACGCAAACAAAAACAAGUUCCUCCUCUUUCCGAAAUUACUUCUUGCAAUAUUUUGGUUCAAAUUACAAGGGGAUACAAUUUUCCAGUUCGAAAAGAUAGUAACAACGAAACAUACAGAACGUACAGACAAGAACGGCUCAAGAAUGCAAGUGAAUUGGGUCUGGAAAUGCAAAUGGCAAAUCGUAUGCAAGAAAAUGGUGCUACAAGUAUUUACGAGCACGAUCAAGCUACUUCUGGUGGAAAUAAGGAAACCAUUAAUUAUAUUACCAUGUCAAGAGCCAAUCAAGAACAAACUUUACCAGAUCGUCUCUUAUCAUUUGUGGCAGUAACUUUUGAUGGAGAAAUGCAGAGAACUAAAUCUGUGGAAGGACCUUUUCCUCAGUAUAAUCAGACAUUAACACUAAAUUUACAAACACCCAACAAUGAUUAUAGCACUGAAGCUUUGAAAUUAAUAGAUAAGGAAAUUUACUUUGAUGUUUUUGAUGAAAUUACGGUUGAAGGAUUAAAAGACGAGCGAGACUACAAUGCCAUCAAUCAACGAGCUGAAUUUAAGUGGCUAGGUUCCUAUUCUGUACCUUUCUCAACACUCUUCCAGAAUGGAAAAAUUGUCGGUACAUUUAGAUUGAAAACACCACCAUUGUACUUGGGCUAUAGCAAGUCUGUGAAUGAUGCAAACGCCUACUCUGCCCUUACAGUGUGUAUUACUUUGGACCCUCCUCUUCCAACACCUGAAAAGGUUGAAGACUUUGUUGUGACAGGAGAAGGACCAGAAGUUUACUCAUAUUGUCAAUGGUGGAUGAAAGUAGUGAAAAAGACCAAACAUGUGGGCUCAAGAACUGUGAAAUGUCUGGUUCCUAAUAUUGAAGGCAAAGCUACUCUUAUUACUCGAUAUAUUACUCCACAGGAUCCACCUACUGAGUUGCAAACAGCUGCAGAGCUCGCAAGAUUUGUAUCACUAAUUCCAAUGGUCGAUGAUUCUCUUGCGUAUGGAGCUAAUGAUACAUGGGUAGGAUCUCAAGAGUUUUUGGAUACUAAAGCAGGAGAUUGGGAAGAGCAUGCCAUCCUCUUGUGUAAUUACUUGUUGAGCAUUGGAAGAUUGGCAUUUGUAGUACUUGGAAAAGGAGUUCCUGAAGGUGAGACUGCCUAUGUUUUAACAGUGGAAAACAACGCUGCUUCUCAAAACUCAUCUCAUUCCUAUCAAGACAAUAGAAAAUGUUUGUGGCUUUGGAAUCCAGUUACCGGUGAGAAAUAUUCGGUGGACGAUCCAUUGUGCCCUCUUCAAGAAAUUCACACCAUCUUUUCACAACAUAAUGUUUGGGUGAAUGUCCAAAAGAAAGUUCAACCUUCAACGAUGAAAUUUGAUCUGAAUGAUGUUUCACAAUUCUAUCCAUUGUAUCAUCCAACACGAGAUGCAAACAAGAUGAUUGCCAAGGAAGCAUCAGAUCCUAAAGGAAAAAUCCAAUACAAGAAAUUACUGUAUACCAAGACUUCGAACGAUCAAGCCAUUCGAUUGGAACAAGAUAUUAGACGAGCUAUUGAGGAAGGUUUUUCAAAAUGGCGUCAUAAGGCAACCAUUUGGGAUAAUUCAUUAAGCAAGACAUUUAAGGAUCUUCUUCAAAGUUUUGAAUCAAGCAAAAAAUUGGAUCAACCUCUAAGUGAAGAAAAUCAACAACAAGCUCUUGCUAUUGUGAACGAGUCGAGUGCCAUUAAUGGAUUUCCACUCAAUUUUGCUUUCAAAGAUAUUAAGGAAAUUGUCACAGAAGUUCGAAACACCAUGGUUUAUGAUACCUAUGAAAAUGAUGUGAAAUUUGCUCUCGCUGUCUAUGUUGAACCAUAUGCCAAUGGAGUGAUGAGUGUUUGGGUUUAUGUUGCCUCUGUCAUUAAUAAGAGAGGGUAUUACUGA